UGAUCGGCUUUAUUUGGCUUUCUGAAGGCGAGGCCUGCACGAAAUGUCCCCAGUAUUGGAUGGAGAUCGGUGAAUAUUGCUACCAAUACUUCGGCAAUCAAAUGAAGUUUCACGACGCUGAGGGCGUUUGUAAUCGACUGGGAGGUUUCCUGCCCAGCAUCCGAAACGAGGAGGAAGGUAACACCAUCUACCAGCUAUGGAAGGGGCUCGUUAAUCAUCCCACUCAAAAGGACUCCGCAUACUGGAUCGGUCUGCGUGAUACCCAUCAGGAAUCUAAGUUUGAAUGGACAGAUGGCACCCCUCUAGAAUACUAUAACUGGAUCCCUGGACAGCCCGACAACAAUGGUGGCGAGGACUGUGUUUGUGUCCGCAAUGAUGGCAACAACGAUGACGAACGACAGCGCUGGAAUGAUAUGCGAUGCGAUUGGGGUCAAGCCUUCUUCUGUCGCAAGCCCCUCAACUGA